CCUCCUCUUCCUCAGGAUGGUGUUCUUCACGUGCGACGCCUGCGGAGAGUCUCUAAAGAAAGCUCAGGUGGAGAAGCACCUGCUGAAGUGCCGCGGCUGUCGAGUUCUGUCCUGCAUCGACUGCGGGAACGACUUCCGUGGUGAUGAUUACAAGAACCACAACAAGUGCAUCAGUGAGGAUCAGAAGUAUGGAGGCAAAGACUUUCAGGCGAAGGCGAACAAAGGCGACGUGAAGCAGCAGCAGUGGAUUCAGAGGAUCCAGGAGGCCUCGGAUCGGCCCGGCGUUCAGCCCAGACUCCAGCAGGUCCUGCGUCAGGUCGCCGCCUUCGGGAACGUUCCCCGGAAGAGAGCCAAGUUCCAGAACUGGAUGAAGAACAGCCUGAAGAUCCACAGUCCCGAGUUACUGGAGCAGGUGUGGGAGAUCUUCUCUGCGGCCGACAGCGACUGCAGCCUAACCGAGCAUCAGACGGCAGAAGAACACAAGCCGAACCGAAGCGACCCGAUCAACGGCACGGAGACUAAUGAAGAAAAGAGGGAAGAGCGGAAAGAGAAAAAGAACGAGAGAAAGUCCUCAGAGGAGCAGAACGGAAAGAAACAGAGCAGAAAAAAGAGGAAACGAGAGGAAAGAGAACAGAACGGACAGAACACGGAGGAAAAGACCAAGAAAAGACCGAAGAAAAGAAGAGGAGAGGCGUCUGAUGAGAGCCUGGAUCUGGAGGGGGAGGAGCCAGAGAACCAGCAGUCUGAAUCAAACUCUACAGGGAAGUUUAACUGGAAAGGGACGAUCAAGGCGGUUCUGCGCGACGCUCCUGAGGACGGCCUCGCCGUGAAGAAGCUCCGCAAGAAGGUUUUAGCAGCUUAUUAUUCGUUUACUGGAGACGGAAACUACAGAUCGGAAGAGGAGCUUCUGUCUCUGUUCAACAAGAAGAUCAACAACAACCCCAAGUUUAAAACCCUGAGAGAGAAGGUCCGGCUGGUGAAGUGACGGGGCUUCAUCAUCUC